GCAUUUAUCAAUACGAAAACGAUAUGUAAAUGUAUAAAAUAUAAUAUAUAGGCCUAUAGUCUAAAAACAAUAUGCACCCCCCCACCCCACACCCCUCCUACUUCGCACCCUGGUCACCCUGGCGCUCAAAAGACGCGCCUCUCAGACGCACGGAGGUCAGCAGCCGCAGAGGCAGGGUGUUAAUGGUGGGCUGCACGUCAGUGAGGGGGGAGAUGAGAACUGUGCAUCCAUCCAUGAGGAAAGUCCGUACAGUAAGGCCGUACAGUAAGGCUGCGAUGGUCGUCUACAUCUGGAGUUUGAACAUUUGCUACAAAGACACUUCUGAGCUCAAUCAAAGUGCAAAUGUCAGUUCAGAAGACCCCCUAGAGCCCCACGAUCCCCCACCCGGCCUGAGCCGAACCGGCCACACGGUGACCGCCGUCUGCCUCGGAAUCAUUCUGGUGUUUGGAUUCCUCAACAACCUGUUCGUCCUGCUCAUCUUUGCGAGGUUUCGCUCGCUGUGGACACCUAUAAACCUCAUUCUGCUGAACAUCAGCGUGAGUGACAUACUGGUCUGUUUGUUUGGGACUCCCUUCAGCUUUGCUUCCAGUCUCUAUGGGAAAUGGCUGUUGGGAUAUCACGGCUGCAAAUGGUACGGGUUCGCCAAUUCGCUUUUUGGAAUUGUGUCUCUGAUGUCUCUGUCCAUACUAUCAUAUGAGCGUUAUGCCGCCCUGUUGCGCCCCACCAAGGCAGACGUGUCUGACUUCCGCAGGGCCUGGCUCUGUGUGGCUGGAUCCUGGCUUUAUUCGCUGGUGUGGACUCUCCCACCUUUCCUGGGCUGGAGUAGCUAUGGAUCUGAAGGGCCUGGGACAACAUGCUCAGUGCAGUGGCAUCAGCGCUCAGCCAACAGCAUGUCUUAUGUGAUGUGCCUGUUCAUCUUCUGUCUGCUUCUACCCCUAAUGCUCAUGAUCUUCUGCUAUGGCAAAAUCCUGUGCAUUAUUAAAGGGGUAACUAAGAUCAACCUGCUGACUGCACAGAGGAGGGAGAACCACAUCCUUCUCAUGGUUAUCACCAUGGUCUCCUGCUAUCUGCUAUGCUGGAUGCCAUAUGGGGUGGUGGCUCUGCUGGCCACCUUUGGCAGGAGGGGAGUGAUCUCUCCCAUAACCAGCGUGGUGCCAUCAGUCCUGGCCAAGAGCAGCACAGUGGUCAACCCGAUCAUAUAUGUGCUUUUCAACAACCAGUUCUAUAGGUGUUUCUUAGCAUUUCUGAAGUGUCAUGGAGAUCCAUCUUUUCACUGCCAGAAUCCUCAGCACAGCAGCAAAGAGGAUCCUCAUGUGCUCAAGCCCUGUGACGGGCCCUCAUGGCAUCGCGGCAUCAAGGGCUCCCAGAAAAAAGAGCAGCACACCCUGGCAUUAGUGGUCCAUUACACCCCCUAACACUCUCAAAGAUUGCCCAGGCUCUUUACAGAUCAGCAUUUAUGGUGCAUUAUAAUGAAAACUGACAGUGUGAUGAUUGUUCCAAUAUCACCAUAAAGUUUCAUAUGACCAGUUUAUCAGAAACCCUGAGUAGGAACAAAACUGAAACUCAUGGCAAGACUUAAAAUUAAUGUGCACUGUCAGGUUAACAAAUACUCUAGAACAAAAUAAUGUAUUUUUAAAUAUAUGUAGAUACAUACUAUAUAAUGAACAGUUGAAUAAAGACAACACAUUGCUAACAGUGCAGUGAAGCAGUUAGUGUAGUGUCAGCCUGUGAAUGCUGUAUUUAGUGUAGUUACACUUGUCACCAACAGUAGGAGCCACUGCCCAUAUCAUACUGCAGUGAGAUUCACUAAUGUUUAAUCACAUAUAACAGAACUGUAAAGUUGAGUCCAUACCCAUAUGCUGCUUGUGACAGAUU